CUUUCGACGUGACGUCAGGACAGGAAAUAGCCACGCAAGCCACUGGAAUCAUAACAUUGCAUUUGAAGAGUCUUUACUAACCCUGACAUCAUGGUUUUAGCUUUUUAAUUUCGCUUUUUCUGAUGACGGUUAUUUCCGUUUAUCUCGGAAAAGCGGAAGUUAGAGAAAAACUAAACUAUAUUUGAGCGCACUGCUAGCAAAACAUGUCAUUGGCCGCCGCGAAAGCAGCAACAGCAGCAACUAGCGAUAGCUAGCAAAUGGCUGCUUGGCUGUGAUGUUUGUCACUGAGCGAAAUGACAAGACGACGAGCAAAAUAGUUGUGAAGGUGCUGGGGGCUUGUGUCCUGUACAGGGAAACUGUUAGUUAACAGUAUGUGACACAGUAGCACUCUGCUGACUAAAAAAAGGGGGGUGAGAGUUGGUUUAAAUCAAGAUGCCUCGUCUGGAAGUGCUGGCCAACGUUGCUCUCAGGGUGCCGAGCAUACUGGUGCUAGACCUGCUCUACAAAUGUGACAUUGAAGGUGUAACGGAGCACCUCAAGGCAAAAAAUGAAGACAUGCUCUUCAAAUACAAGUAUGUCAUCUGGAACAUGUAUUACAUUGGGAUUAUGUUCAUGAAGAGCUACAGUACGGUUAUCAAGGAGCAGUGUAUCGUGAUUCUUUGGCCUUCAACAGAUUUGUCUCUGCAAUGACUAGUCAGAUUAUUCUCAGCACACUGUGUGCCUUCUUGAUGAAGACCAAAAAGGUGUGGUUGUUCUCUGCUCACAUGCUCCCCCUGCUGGCUCGACUUUGCGCCACGCCUCAUGCCACGCUGCUAACGGUCAACACUUUCUCCAUGGGCCUGACUGGAGUGGGAAUCGCCGUGUUCCUGCUGUCAAAUAUCUUUGUGCCAUACCGUCUCGCAAGGGCUGCCUACUCUGAGCUGCUUCACCUGGAGGUAAUUGAGCUGUACAGACUUCUGGGUGUGGGAAUCUCUCUGUGGAACCAGUUUGCUGUCCCAGUCCUCUUUAGCGUCUUCUGGUUUAUUCUAUUCAUUGUCCAGCUGUGCUCAGACAUCAUGUCCGCUGGCACCUCAAUAACCCAUCAUGGGAUCAUGUUCUUCCUCCUCACAAGUGUCUCUGAAUGUUGUGCAACACCAUACUCUCUUUUGGGUCUGACCUUCAUGGUGUCCUAUCUGGCUCUGGGGCUGCUCAAUCUAUGCAAGUUUUACCUGGGAGGUUUUGCCGCUGUUCAGAACGAGAAUGUCAUGCACAGAGGUGUGACUGAGGGCGUCACUCUGCUCCUCCUCGCCAUUCAGACAGGCCUGUUGGAUAUGCAAGCACUGCAGCGCACCUUCCUCCUCAGCAUCAUCCUCUUCAUCGUGGUGACCUCAACCCUGCAGUCAAUGAUAGAAAUAACAGAUCCAGUUAUUCUCGCACUGGGUGCAUCACGAAACGGGAGUCUGUGGAAACACUUCCGUGGCCUCAGCAUGUGUUUGCUUCUCCUGGUUUUCCCAGUGUUUAUGGCUUACAAGAUCUCCCAGUUCUUCCACAUGGAUUUCUGGCUCCUCAUACUAGUAUCCAGCUGCAUGCUUACAUCCCUUCAGGUUACAGGCACUAUGCUGAUCUACUCCCUCUUCAUGGUGGAGCUGUUUCGCAGCGACCCAAUUGAGAGCCUGGACGAAGUGAUCUACUGGGUGAACGCUGUCAGCCGUGUGUUGGAGUUUGUUGUGGCACUGUGCGUGGUGGCUUAUGGCACCUGGGAGUCACUCUUUGGAGAGUGGAGCUGGAUGGGUGCCUCCGUCAUUAUCAUCCACUCAUAUUUUAACGUUUGGCUCAGAGCUCAGUCUGGCUGGAGGAGCUUCCUGCUCAGACAGGAAGCAGCUAAGAAGAUCAACUCCCUGCCCAGAGCCACAGCUCAGCAGCUGCAGGAGCACAAUGAUGUGUGCGCCAUCUGCUUUCAGGAAAUGAGCUCUGCCGUGAUCACAUAUUGUGGACAUUUCUUCCAUUCUAACUGCCUCCGCAAAUGGCUGUAUGUUCAGGAGACGUGCCCCAUGUGCCACCAAACGGUACGACCGACACCUCUGGGUCAGAGCCAGGCAUCAGCUGACAGCCCGGCCGCCCCACCUCAGAGAGACGCGGAGCCUGAUCCAGCUGCACCAGAGGGAGAUGAGAAGCUGGAUACAGCAACAGUGCAGGAGACACAGAGCAACAGUGUAACUCCUGAUGACACUGAGCAGCAGGAGGGAAGGGAAAGCUUUGAGAAUGGAGAAAAUAGUGAAGCCCAUCAGGGUCUUCAUUACAGCCCCAGUGGGGACUGUGUUGAAUGUGUCCAUCCAGUGCGUUCAGGGGACCUUUCAAGUUCUCAUACGCCUCAAAAUAAAAAUCCUCCCAACACGCCCAACCAAGCUGAGGAGAGUGGUAAGGACUCCAUACUGCCAUCUACCCUGAAAACUGUUACAACAGAGGGCCAGUCUGCCUCUGAACUAGCAGAGGUUGAGGACAGCAUUCAUUUCAGUCCUAGAUGUGAUGGGACACCUGAAUCAUGGAAGCGCUUCAAUUCACCAGAGGCAAACAAUACAGAGAAAAAUCAAGAGGGAAUCUCAAGUGGAAAAAGACUUGUUGACAGUCCAUCAUCUGUCCAAUCGUGUAAUAAAAACUCAGAACUCUGCACUGAUCGUGCCCAAAGUUAUAAAGAUAGCUGCACAUAUUCAGACUCAGAAAGCCUCAGAGAGGUUGAACCUGCUCCACAGAGCCUUGAGCUCAGCCCACGUAGAAGCACAGACACCAGUGACUGACUGCCCUGUACCAGUGCCUUGAAGGGUAUAAAAGCAUAAUUCUCAAUAAUAGGAAAUUAAAAACAUUUGGCUUCUCUGUGUGAACCAAUAGAUUGGGGGGG